AAAAAUAUUGACGAAGAAUAAAAAAAUUCAGAUCGGCAGAAUUGGGAUAUCAUGUUCUAAUUUCACCCCCUACAUACAUUUAUAGCGUUUACACCACCACUGUGUGCGCACACACUCACCACCGACUCCUACCAAAAUUUCCCAGAAUCACUAAAAAAAACAUUUCUACCGCGUUGAUAAAUCACAUUACAGAGAUAGAUCCCACAAUAUGCUGACCCAUUGUUAGAUCUCAUAUUCUUGUACACACAGAGACACAGAGAAAGAGAGAGAGAGAGAGAGAGAGAGAGAGAGAGAGAGAGAGAGAGAGAGAGAGAGAGAGAGAGAGAGAGAGAGAGAGAGAGAUGAGUAGGAGAUCCGGUACUUGCUUGCGGUGUUGCCUUGUGAUAUUUGCAGUGGUUUCAGCUCUCUGUGUAUCUGGUCCGGCUUUGUAUUUCAAAUUGAAGAAUGGUUUUAAAUUGAAAGGGGUUUCUUCUUCUUGCCCACCAUGUGUUUGCAAAUGUGCCCCUCAGAAAUCCCUUUUUCAGAUUGUUCCUGGUUUGGCUAAUCUCUCUGUUACAGAUUGCGGAAAAGACGAUCCUGACCUCAAGGAAGAGAUGGAGAAGCAAUUAGUGGACUUAUUGUCGGAAGAGAUAAAGCUGCAAGAAAAUGUGAGCGAAGAGCACUCGCACCAUAUGAACAUUACAUUCGGAGAGGCAAAAAGAUUGGCUUCACAGUAUCAGAAAGAAGCCGAGAAAUGCAACACCGCCACAGAAACAUGCGAGGAAGCUAGAGAAAGAGCUCAAGUGCUUAUGAGAAAGGAGAAAAAGAUCACUUCUUUGUGGGAAACACGAGCCAGACAACUCGGUUGGGAAGGGGAAUGAAUACCUCUCUCUCUCUCUCUCUCUCUCUCUCUCUCUCUCUCUCUCUCUCUCUAGACAUAUGUUUUACUAUUUAUGAUGCUAUAAUAUAGAUUGUGAAUCACAGGAGGAUGAUAAUAUAUAUAUAAAAAUACUCGAGCGAUUUCUGCUAAGUGUUAAAAAUUCAGUGCAUGUUUUGGCUA